GAAGCGAAAUGAGGCUGGAAAUCUUGGUGGGCUUUCUGUACCUCAGCUGGUUGCAUUUGUGCUCCGGCGAGGGGCACCUGAAACGCUUGAGCAGAUCGCUGAUCUUUCCGCCCACGAGUCCCACUCGUGUUCAGUUCAUCGGCGGCAUUGGCAUUCCCGUGGAGAACCUGCACUUCGAGUCGGUGACCUCGGGCUAUGUGCUCAAGGCGGAGUACUUUCUGCCCACCAACUCCACGGAGAUCACAAGGGUGUACCUCAAGCCGAUGGCCAUCACUGGCAGGGACAAGGAGUCCACAUAUGGCACCCUAUAUCGCUGGAUUAUUUACCGCGGCAUCGAGAUGGUCAUCGAGAACAUGGGCCUGCCCGGAAGGAGCUGUCUCCUGAGGUUGAUCUGCGAGCAUGCCGCUCUGCCGCUGAACCACGAAAGCGGAUUGCUGGGUGAGAUCAUGGAUAUUGUGCUGACGCCGUCCAGUUCGGUGGACCAGCUGGGCCACAGUUCGGAUCGGGAGUACCACACAUCGGAGCACUAUGGGAAAAGAGGAGGCGACUGCCAGGCGGCCUAUGCCAGCAGGUGCAAGAAGUCGCCCAUGGAACUCAUCAGUCUGCUGCUAGAAGUCAAUGAAUAA